CAAAAUAGGAAGAUACGGACGUGAUAAUAAUUGGCAAAAAGAGGAAGAAAAAGCAAAAGGGAAAAUGGUGCCCUUUUCACUUGGCUACCACUUUCUCCACGCUAAUUUUGCAGCAUAUAUAUAUAUGUCGUCAUGAAUCCCUGAUUUUCUCUCUUUCUCGCGUUAAGUUUAGAUCCUGUAUUCUCUUACGUAUACUCAGUCUAUAUGGUCGUAGAUAAGGAAUAGAUUACGUAAAUCCCGUGUGCCCAAUUUGCCGAUUCAAUUUUUUUUUUUUUUCUCCCUGAAAUGUCUUUUUCUGCGGCUCCCUCUUCUUCCACGACGGCGACGACGCCGGCAGCCGAUGCGAUGCAGGAGGAAAGCCAGAAUCGAGACGAGCCUGCGCCGGCUGCGACCAAAGAGAAGGAAAUGGUCCACAAGACCAAGGUUAUUCAGUUUCUGGGCAGAACGACUCCCAUCAUUCUCCAGAAUGACAAUGGCCCUUGCCCUCUUCUUGCAAUCUGCAAUGUGCUCCUGUUGAAGAACAACUUGAAUUUGAGUCCUGAUGUCCCCGAGGUUUCACAGGAAAAACUGCUAUCUCUUGUUGCAGAGCGGCUUAUUGAUUCAAACAGUAAUGUCAAUGACAAAGAUGCCGGUUAUGUUGAGAAUCAGCAGCAGAAUAUUGCUGAUGCCAUUGAUUUGCUUCCUAGACUUACAACUGGAAUUGAUGUAAAUAUAAAAUUCAGGAGAAUUGAUGACUUUGAGUUCACCCGAGAAUGUGCGAUUUUUGAUCUGUUGGAUAUUCCACUCUAUCAUGGUUGGAUAGUUGAUCCUCAGGAUCAUGAUACUGCAAAUGCAAUAGGAUUGAAGUCAUAUAAUACUCUGAUGGGGGAGCUUGUUGCUCUCGAAACAGAACAAAUGGAGAGUGAACAUAAGAAAAGUGCUGAAGAUGAUGUCGUUGAUUUUGCUGCUGCAACAACUGCAGCACUAGGGGUACCUUCACCUUCCCUUUCAAGAGGUAGAUCUUUUGAUGAUUCUCCUGUUUCUGUCUCUGAUCACCAGCGUAAGGCAAGAAAAGGGGACCUGGAAGAAGAAGAGGAGUUGAUGAGAGUCUUGAAAUUGUCAGAGGUAGGUAACCCCGAUCCAUCAACAGUUGAUGUACUCGCUGAUGGACCAAAUUCAAUCAAUGAGAGUGCUGUUGUAAAAGAUAUUGAGCCACUAGUUUUUGUCAAGACAUCAGAAGCAAAUUCUGCCAAAGACUCGUUCCAGCAUGAAUCUCCAAUACCUGGUGUAGUAGCAGUGUCUGAUGAUUGUAUCCAGUCUGGCAAUUUCACUAAUAACCCAAAUUUCAGUCUUGAAUUAUCUCCAGGGGUAUCUCCUAAGACUGAUCUGGAGAAUGCAUCCAAAGAUUUUGGAAAGACAAAUUUUCUAGUUGAGAAAGAACUUGUAACCCCUGAGCCAUCUGUGGAAGUUAUUUCAUCUGCAAGUGAAAGUCAUGUUCAGAUUACUGGAUGUGAAAAGGGACUUGGGGAUCAAUCCACUUCCUCUACUGAUGGACCCGGGGCAGAAAAUAAUAAAAAAGGCUCUGACAUUCUGUCUUCAUCUAGUUCAUUGACACCGUGUGUAGACUCUGAUUUGUCUAGUGGAAGAAAAGACAUUAAUAAUGAACCCGAAACUUUUUCUUCGAGUGUUGAUGGCAGUGAGCCUAUCUAUGAAGGAGAGGAAUGCAUAAUGGAAUCAGAAGCCAAAACCUAUGAAAAUCAUGAACCAAUGUAUGAAGGGGAGGUGGUUCUAACUGAACAAGUGGGCGGAGACCCUAGAGAUGUUCCAUACUCAAAUCCCAUCCAUGGAAUCACUCCGAGGGAAGGAGAAUUGAUCAGGAACUUCCUGAAGAUCAGUGCCAGUCAACUGACUAUCUAUGGAUUGUUUUGCUUGCAAGAUGGUCUUAAAGAGCGAGAACUUUGUGUUUUCUUUAGGAACAAUCAUUUCAACACCAUGUUUAAGUUUGAAGGGGAUUUAUAUAUUUUGGCUACAGACCAGGGAUUUAUAAAUCAGCCUGAGUUGGUGUGGGAAAAGCUCAACGAGGUGAAUGGGAACACACAGUACGUGACUGGUAAUUUUAAGGAGUUCAAGGUGGAAACUCUUGCUAGUACACCAUGGGAUGAGCAGAGUGCCUUAGCCAAUACAGCUGACUACCUUGCCAGCAUUGACAAUGCAGCACAAGGGCAAUCAAAUUUCAAUUCCGAUCUCCAAUUGGCUAUAGCUCUUCAGCAGCAGGAAUUCGAGCAACAGCAGGCACAACAGAACACUCGUAAUCAACAACAGCCAACUAUAAAUGGAGGGUCGGGAUUGAUAACAGGCCCUCAGGUAUCGAGGUACAGUGGACAACAGCAGCAGAUGUCUUCGUCUGCGAGGCAGGAGCCAAAGUCGGCGAAAGAUAAAUGCAUUGUGAUGUAAGAUGAGCAUGUUAUUGUGAAGGUGUGAUGUAAAUGAUGUGACAUUUUGGAUUUCCCCUCUUCCUUCCUUUAUACCAAUAAACCAUAUUUCCAAUUCAAACUCUGCUUUUUAUCUCGUGUAUAUAUACAGUCAGUUAAUAUCAUCUCUGGUUAGAAUCUUGCAAUUCAGUUGUUGAUGUUCUUCAA